GUAUAAGCAGCUCGGAGGUAGGGGUAUGCUUUUCUUCAGCAGUAGUUUAAGGUCACUAUUAUGCGCACUUCUAUCAAUUUGAAUUUUCUAACGAGUUGUACGUUGAAUUUUCGAUCUGAGGUUGCCGAGUAGAUUUUUCAUUCACAAGUAGAUAUCAUGUGAUAAACUUAUAAACAUAGCAAAAAUAAAAAAAUGGAUCCUCUGGAUGAGUUUUUCGGUGAAGCAGAGGGUGAGGCAGAGGAGUCGGGAGAGGACCAGGAUGACAUUUUGAUGGAGGAGGAGGACGAUGACGAGGCGGCUUUGGAGAGCGGUGAGCUGGGGGACGAUGUCCUGGACGAUCAUUUUCUUGGCGGGGUCAACAUCGCCACGGCGCGAAAACGUGCCACGUUGGCCGCCCGGCGAAGGAAUAAGGCCACCUCGGAUAGUGCGAUGAAGUAUUUGCUGGGACGAGAUGAAGCAGGUGCAGGAGCAGGGGGCAGUUCUUCGUCGACAACAGCUGCCAAACACCUUCCGUCCUCGCGAGGGGCAGGAGUGGCGGCCGGAGAAAAACGAGCGCGUUGUGGCGGUCUAAACAUAGCCGGCGGUUACGUCCAAAAAGGAGUGAUGGAUACACCGCUGAUGAAGACGCUUGUGAAUCGCGCGAACGCAGAAUACCUAGCCGGCGAUUAUGGUGCAUGUAAGGGCACGAUCAAGGAAAUAGCCGAAGAGAUGGGUGGAGGAUUGGUCAGUCGGGACGUGCACAUGCUGCUAGCGAACGUCCACGAAAAAGAGGGUAACAUCGAGAAUUCGCUCAUUGUUAAGUAUUUCUGCUUGGUCCGAUUAGGCGGAAUGAAUCUGGCGGACUAUAAAAUGCUGAUUGCCGCUUUUCUCAGCACUCCCGGUCUGCGCGAGAAACGGCGAACAGAGGUGAUUACGCUGUGCAGGCGGUGCGUCGCGGCCAGGUUUGCGGAUGAAGAAGUCUACACGACUCUGGGCCAGCUCUAUGAAGAGGAAGGGGAUUGGCAUAGCGCCUGCAAUGCGGGCUAUUUACGGGCGUUUUCGUUGCGGUUCGGACGCAGCGAUCCGAAGUUACGAACACUCUUUACUUUAAAUAUUAUAUGCACUUGUUGCAAUUACAUGUAUUCUGACGCGCUUCUGUCUGAAGGCUCCUGCAGGUAACUAUUGACUAGAAAAAUCUAUAUGUGGUCUCAUUAACAACUUUAUUUGAUGCGAAGAAGAUGAGGUUUUCGCGUUCAAAAUUCAGUUUCAGAUGCCGAACAAAGAACACUGUAAUGAUGUAAGCGGGUAGUAGUCAAAGUUCUGGCGUGGCUGUACAUACACAUAGUUAGAUAUACAUAUACUCAUCUAAGAUUGUUGACUGUCGAUGCCGUUGCCCAGGACGCCGCUCGUUUGCUUUUCGCGUUGAAGCGAUGGGACGAUUGCUGUGAGAUUUUAGAGAUGGCAGCACAGCGGUCGGAAGAAGUGACGAGUCGCAUCUCUGACUCGAUUCUGUUGCUCUUCGGGGAAGUCCUUUGUCUUCACUUACGGGACUUUCGACGUUGCGUGACCCUUUACUUCCGUGCUUGGGGGCUUGCGCGCACUGGCGAUGCUCAGCGCGAUGCGCUAUUGCUGGGUCCGGCACACGUGAUAAGACGGGUUUUCGGGCAGAAAGACCUCGAGCGGCUCAGUUGGUUCGCAGUGGCCUUGAUCGAGCUGGGGCGAUGGGAUGAGGUGGACGAGACGGCCCAGUUUCAUAGGGGCAGCGCAGAAGCUGAGAGCGCGCUUUGCGUGUGUGCUGUGUACAGCAUUGUGGACCGCACGUCAUUGGAUGAUGUCGCUGGGGAGAGCAUUCUACACAACAUCGUGGACGCUUUGCUCGGUAAGAACCUGACUGAACCGGCGCGCAGGCUCUUGCAGAAGUUUGAGGUGGCGAAAAAGCUCUCGGCCAAAACACGGUAUCGGCUAGGACAGUGCGCGUAUGCAGAAAAAGACUACAAGACGGCGCUCAAACACUUGGAAGCGUUGCUGGAGAUGGACGAUCGCGACGCCGACAUCGAGGAGCAAGCCUUGCGGGUCCAGUUAGCCGAAAUCUACGUGCUGACGAAGAACCCGGAACGCUUCUCGCGGGUCUUAACUUCGGACCUGACCUACGAGAACUUGAAAAGGCUUAAAAGAUUGCCGUCGGCGAUGUCGCGAGGCGAUCGGGAACAAUCUUUUCGCGACCUAAGGGCUGCACUGCACCAGGCCUGGCUCGCCAAGCAAGAGCACCAAGCGCGCAAAGACAAAGAACAGCGCGCGAGAAUUGCUGCUUCCGAGGCCGCAGCCUUGGUGUCUGGAGCAAGUACUGCUACGGGGAGCAAGCAGAACGCAGCAGCCUCGAAAAACGCUGCAGCCUUAACUUCCGGAAAUAGAAAGCCUGCGCAAAAGAGUGAUGACAAACAGAAGAAGAGAUCAUCGACUCCUAAAAAGCGAGAGGACCACCUCUCAGAAGCAGUCAAGGAAGCAGGUGACGAUCACGACGAAGAAGAGGAACUGCCAGCAGUUGCUCUGCCACCGUGGUUUCUCGCGAGAUUCGUUUACCUUGUGCAUGACUGUGAGCUGGAUCAUGAUCGUGCAAGUGCGGCUGCCUUUGACGAGGAUGAUGACGAAAAUGCUCCUAGUUGGCGACAGAAGAAAAGAUCCAAAAUGGCGAAGCAGUUAUGACGAAAAGAUAUUACUUAAUAAAAGAAAUGCUGAACUGAAUAUUGUAGAACUGUUUCCGACGUAAAUUUCUAUUCCGACUAUUUGAAGAUCUCUUUUCCCUUCUCCUUGUGGUGUUCCUCUCUCUUCAUAUGCAACCGAAGGCGAAGAUGGUAGCAACGUGCCUGCGCGACGAAGACGUCGCGUUUUGACGGUUCCGGAGCGAAAGCGAGCCCUCGCCUUGGAGGGCGUGGAGGAUAUCUUCGGACCAGCGCUGUGGCUGGAGUUCGUGCGGUUCGGCUGUGAGUUUGGAGUCGCAGAAGUGUGCCAAAGACCCGAAGUCGGCGUAGAGAUUCUUGAAACCGUGAUCUACAACCGCCGGACCUUCGUGUCGCGCAAUAAGCAAGUGCAGGACUGCGUACCCCGGUUGGAGCGAACGUCCCUAGUGCUGGCUUUGCAAGCUAACAUGAGCAAAAUUGCGUUCCGACACCUGCGAAACCUGGCGAUUCGAGAUGGGAAGGUGGAUGAGCGAGCAGUGGCACUGCUAGGCCGGCUCCUCGCGUCUUCCGGUAUGUCCUUCGAGUCCCGUCGUGAGGUCGCAAGGACAACGCCAGCUGCAGGCCAAGGAUCUACGGGAGCUGCACCAGGUUCAAAAAACAAGCAGAAUGGAGGAAAAGGAAGUAGGAACACGGCAUCUUCAUCUGGACUCGCUAUGGCCAUGGGCGAAUCAGACGAGGAGGAUGCUGAUGUGCAUUCAUCGGACUCAGGGUAUGGUGGAGCAGCUUCGAAGCUUAAGAAGAGAGGUCGGAGUCAGAUAAAGUCGGGCUCCACCUCUAAUAGCACAGCUGCACAAGGUGGGAAGAACAAGAAUCGAGCCUCUGCGAGUGCUCCUGCAAAAACGCCAGCUUCCCGAGCGAAAGCAAAAGGCAAGGCUACUCCGAAAAAGAAACCUACAGCAGCUGCAGUCAAGAAGAGAGCUGCAAAAGUCGAUGAUUCUGACGACGCAGAGGACUCUGACGUGAAACUUACUUCCGCGAAGAAUACCAAAGGAAAAGCUACUUCUUCUAGAAAUCGCGGUGGAGCUAAGAAAAAUAAUGCUGGUGCAGUGGAGGCUUCUCCUGAUGACGACGACAAUGAGGACGACGAAGAUAACGCCGCAGGAAGGGCUGCCACCAGUAAGGGAACGAAUGGCGCGACCACCUCCAUCCGGAGUGGGGAGCACCGUCCACGUACUGCCACUGUGAGUGCCAAUAUCAGCGACUACCAGAAGUGGGCUUCCCGCCAUCUCUGUGCGCAUCCGGAGAGUUGGGGCCUCAUGAUGCUCGUUGGCCAUUGCAGUUGCAUGUCCGGCCGCUCACGGUUCGCGGCCAAAGAGUAUGCGCGCGCAAUCGCCCAGUGCCCCGAAAACGCCUUGUCGCACCUCUGUUACGGUGCCAACCUCUUGACGAUGGCGAUGUCCCGGACUACCAAUCGGCGACAUGCGGAAGUCUGCCGUGGCUUGCUCGCACUGAGAAGGUAUCAGGACUUGAGAAAAAAGACGCACGAGAGCGAGACUUGGUACAACAUUGGUCGUGCGCACCACUUGCUGGGCCUUUUCAAAUUUGCUGUAUCGUGCUACUUUAAGUGUCUUGAGAAGCUGGAACAGCAUGGCGCACUCGACGAAGCGGCUAGAAGUUGGACGUUAUCUACAAGUAGUACCACAGAUAGUACAACAACAACUUCCACUAGACCAGGAUUUGCAGGUGGAGCCUCUGCGGUGGACGUCGCAACAGCUUCGACAUCAUCUCAUCGAAACAACACUACUGGUGGCGCAACAGCCGCAGCAUCCUCUUCCAGCAAAACACAACAAGUUAGCGCAACAACAGCUCCUUCCCAGGGUCUGGACGGUGAAGAUCGCGUCGACCUGUUGGCUCUGCAGCGCGCAUGUGCGCACAAUCUACAGUUGCUUCUAGCGCAUGCAGGCAACCUUGAGGAGGCAAAAGCAGUUGCUGAGAAGUACAUGGUCAUCGUAUAGUUCUAAGAAGAAUCACGCAGCUCUCCUUACUUUCAGCUUCACAGGGAUCAGUGCUUUAUUUGAGGUCCUGUUAACAAACUCCAACGAUGAUACACUUAACGACAUGAUAGCGACACUUCCUCUUUUAUAGCUUUACCCAUGUUUAGUUUUCUUCGCCUGAUACCUUCUUGUUAUUUUUCGCAAUCGAUCUUUCGGUGUGGC